AGCCCCUCAAAAACCCUAAAAACCAUUUCCUCUUUCUACCUACCCGCCCAACCCAAUUCACCACACCACCAAACUCCAAAACCUUUCUUCCCCAUCAAAAUCUCCACCAGAAGCAGCCCCGAGAGAGAGAGAGAGAGAGAGAGAGAGAGAGAGAAAGCUCUAGAAAGUUCUCUACAUCCGAAAUGGACUCGGCCCUUGCUAUAGGAUUAGGAUCAUCAUCUGUCUUCCACCUCAAGACCCCUCCAUUUUCCAUCGCCGGCGCCGCUUUCAAGCCAUCCCUAAAACCACCGUCAUAUUUCUCUAUCUCAAGAAACCCCUCCUUCAAUCCUCCAUUUGGGUCAUCUAUCAAAGUCAAGGCCUUUUCUGGCUACAUGCCCGGAAAUGGCGGUUCCUCGGAGAAGGCUCAAAACCCAUUUAUCCAGAAGCUCAAAACGGCCGCCGCCGCCACCGCCUUUGUCCUGGCCGCCUCUGCCGCAGCCGGAAAGUUCGGAACUUUGCCGGCCAGGGCCGAGGCUGCCACGGCUGUAACGGAAGAAACGGUUACAGUGGAAGAAGAGGAGAAAUUGAGGGAUUCGUCUUCUUCGCCGUUGUCUCAGUUUCUGGAGUUGAAUUCGGAGGCGGUAGAGGCCUUGAAAUCGCUGUUGCAGCAGAAGCUCGAGGCCGGGGAGGACGAAGAAGCAUUGGAAGUGUUGAAAAAGCUGGUGGCGGCCCAACCAGAGGAAACGGAUUGGAAGUUCCUGAUGGCGAGAUUGUUGAACGAAAUGGGGAAACCCAAAGAAGCCAAGGAAGUUUUCGAGGAGAUUUUAAAGCUCAAUCCACUGUCGUUUGAGGCAUUGUUUGAGAAUGCAUUGUUGAUGGACCGGUGUGGAGAGGAAAAUGCAGUGAUCACAAGGUUGGAAGAAGCAUUGAGGAUUGCAGAGGACGAUAAAAAGGCGAAGGAGGCAAGGGAUGUGAGGUUGAUAAUGGCACAGAUACAAUUCUUGCAGAAGAAUGUGGAUGAAGCCUUGAGGAGCUAUGAGGAGCUUGCAAGGGAGGAUCCCAAUGAUUUUAGACCUUAUUUUUGCAAAGGGAUGAUAUAUAGCUUGCUUGAUAGGAACAAGGAGGCUAAGGAGGAGUUUGCCAAGUACCGGGAGCUUUCACCAAAGAAGUUCGAGGUGGAGGGGUACUUGAGGACACCAUUGUCAAGGAUGAAGCUUUUUGGUACAAAUGAGGAUAAUUGAAUAGGUGCAAGUCAAGUUGAGUGCAAGGUUGAUUUGUGUAGCCAGAGCUAUUAGAAAUAAUUGUCCAAGAAAUGGGUAUAUUUCUCUCUUGUAAGAGUACAAAUAUAGGCCAUUCUUGGGAAUAGCCCAAAUAUCUGAUGAAUAUGGUUGUUAGUUUGUUGAGUUUUGUUUUAAUCUAUACAAGAAUGUUGAACCAUCAAAGACAAAGAAGAUACAUGAAUAACGAAUGAACUCUUAUUCAAAGUGAAUUUGAAGGGUAUAUGGGAAAUAAUUUUCCAGGA